AUCUAAUCCAUUCACACUUAUUUUUUGAUUGAACCAAAAUCAAACGCAAAUUCCUUAACAGUUAAGUAGCUAACUGUAGAGAGAGAAAUUAAAAGCAAAUGCCUUAAGAACUAAGUAGCUGACAGGAGGGAGAGAGAGUGAAUGAGAGAUAGAAAGAGAAUGGCUGGCGAUAGAAGGAUCGGUGUAGCCAUGGACUUCUCGCAGGGCAGCAAGAAAGCUCUGCAAUGGGCCAUCGAUAACUUGGCAGAUGAAGGGGAUUCUCUCUAUAUCGUCCAUGUAAAUCACAACUCUCUCGACGACUCUCGUAGAAAACUCUCGGCCAAAUCUGGUUCUCCUCUUAUUCCUCUGUCUGAGUUCAGAGAACCUGAGAUUAUGAAAACUUACGAUAUGAAGAUCGACAUCGAAGUUCUCGAUAUGCUAGACACCAUUUCAAGACAGAAAGAUGUGCAAGUGAUUACAAAACUGUACUGGGGAGGAGACGCAAGAGAUAAACUCCUGGAAGCAAUUGAGGAUCUGAAGUUGAACUGUUUGGUGAUGGGUAGCAGAGGACAUGGCACUGUCCAAAGGAUAAUUCUGGGAAGUGUGAGUACGUAUGUGAUGAACCAUGCUCCUUGCCCAGUGACCAUUGUGAAGGACAAGUGAUGGAGAUGCCAAUGAUUAUGCAGCUGUGCACAUCUUUUAGUUGUUGAUGUUGCAUUAAAGCAACUUCGUAAUUUCACUUUUAGUUGCAUUCCGUUUUAUGCUUGAAAUUUAUUGGAGGGUGACGGCUGAAUAAUCAUUCCAACGGUUGAAUAAAAUGAAAUUGUCAGGUGACUUUUGAAAUGAAGAUUAGUAAUUAAAUAA